GGGCUAUUCAGCCACAAUUGCAUAGCCACAAUUGAAAUAUCAUGUUUUAAUUGUUCGAAGGUCCACCAGUGGUCCAAAAUCAUCGUUGUUUCUUACGACAGCCAAUAUCUUCAUACUCAAAUUUUAAUGAUGACACCAAGAACUUUAACGAAUUCAUAGAAUAAAUUAACGCCACAUCUCGCAAACGCCAAAAGGUGUCCUCAUGGCCGGCGCUAUUCCUACUCUCCUCGUGGGGUUUCUUACUGCCGUGGGCAGAUCAGACCCAAGCUCACGGAGAGGAUUGAAUGUCAAAACCGCUCUUGCUGUCUCGUUGACUGUGGCUUCCCUUGCCGGGUUUUGGGAAUAUCAGGUGACCAAGAAUGUCCCUGAGCCUUAUUUGGAUGAAGUAUUCCAUAUACCACAAGCUCAAGCAUACUGUAGAUGGGACUAUGCUACUUGGGAUCCAAAGCUUACUACACCACCUGGAUUAUAUUGGUGGAGUCACUUUCUGAGCAUAGUCUCUGGUUUCACAACAUGCAAUGCACAUUUUCUUCGGACAACGAAUGUUAUUGCGCUCAUAUAUAUUAUGAUGCUUGCUUGGAAAUGUCGAAACCUCAUUAUUCGAGCCGGGGUUGAAAACCGUACUGAUCAAAUUCCUAAGUUGAUAUCCGCCGAUUCAUUACAUACAGCUGCGAAUAUUGCCUUAUUUCCUCCUCUGUUUUUCUUCUCUGGAUUAUAUUACACCGAUGUACUGUCUACUUGUGUGGUUUUGUAUCUGUAUAAGCAAUUUCUCGAGCAAGCAGAACUUAACGAGAUUCGCAAAUCGUGGAAAAAAGAUGCAUUGUUCUACCUCUGCGGUGUGUUGGCUCUAUGUAUGAGACAGACGAACAUCUUUUGGGCUGCUGUAUUCUUAGGGGGGAUGGAGUGUGUAAGGACGAUGAGAGGAACAUAUCGCCCCACUGCUCCGUCUUUGAGACAUCAUCACGCAUCAUCAACAGAAGAGUAUCUGAAAGAAGUUGGCGAGCUUGUGAAAUCGGAGCAUCUGCAUGAUCCGCCUCUACAUGCUGCUGGUCUUGAAGAUUUCGUCCUCACACCUCUUUCAAUUGUCUGGACCGCCAUAACCCGUCUCCCAACAAUUAUCCUCCAAUUAAUCCCCCACAUCUCACUUCUCAUCACAUUUGGCGCUUUUGUCUUCAUCAACGGCGGAGUUGUGCUAGGCGAUAAAUCAAACCACGUCGCUACCAUCCACCUCUCACAACUCUUGUAUCUCUGGCCCUUCAUUGCCUUCUUCUCGUUUCCACUACUAGUCCCAACCUUCUUCUCACUCCUCUCGAACUCAAUCGACAAUUUUCUCCACCCAUCCAAAUUCCUCACAUCUUCACUCAACACCCAACUCCGGGCCCUCAUAACCUUCGGUCUCAUCCUCGCAUCUCUCCUCGGCUCUCUCGUAAUCGUAAAAUACAACACCAUAAUCCAUCCAUUCACCCUCGCCGACAACCGACACUACAUAUUCUACGUAUUCCGAUACAGCAUCCUCCGCCAUCCUCUUAUCCGGUACUUGCUCGCUCCCAUCUACAUUUUCUGUUUCUUCCUAAUCUUCAAAACACUUUCCGGAUCUUCAUACGAAUAUACAUCAUCACAUGUAUCAUCGCCCCAGGAAAAAGAACCCGAAAAAUCGAAGAACAGCAACAGCAACAGCAAAAACCACAAACCCUCCUCGAAUCUAGUGCUUCCAUCCACCCCCCUCUCAACACUCUUCCUCCUCCUCCUCACCACCGCUCUCUCCCUCAUCACCGCUCCCCUAGUCGAACCCCGCUACUUCAUCCUCCCUUUCAUAUUCCUGCGUUUGCAUUUCCCCACCCUCGCAACUUCCCCCUCCCCCAAGAUCAAGAUCAAUACCCGUUUAUACGCCGAGACGAUGUGGUAUCUAUUAAUCAAUGCAGUCACGGGGUAUAUAUUUUUAUAUCGAGGAUUUGAGUGGGUACAGGAGCCGGGGAAGGUGCAGAGAUUUAUGUGGUAGACAGAUUUCGAAGGGGAUAAGCUGGUUCAUGUUUUGGGGGGUGUGGAGGCUGGAGGGGGGAGAGAGAAGUGUGAAAAGUUUAAGAGAUUCGUUGGAAGGGGGAUUCAAGAAGAAAGUAGGAUACUAUGGGAUGGAAUCAGUCAGUGAUCUAGAGUGAGAAUGUAUGUUGUUGUCGUGGAGUAUGUAUAUAUA